GCACGUUGAGGAGAGAACUGUCAGAUAGACGUCAAACUAGUAAACAAAUCGACCGAAAUAUCGAUAAACAAUGAUUUAAAUCGCGAUUAAAGAUGGGUCGGCGGUGCAGCGUGCCCCACUGCUACACGGGCUACAGAAAAAGCAAAGACCGAGCGGAGAAAGAAACGGGAUCGCUGUUUAAGGUCCCGGACGAUGAUUACUUCAGAGAGCAGUGGAACAAGGCGAUAGCACGGGAAGACCGACUACUGGGCGCCAAAGAUUUCGUGUGCUACAAGCACUUCAGCCGCGACGAUUUUAUACACAAGAGAUUUCUGAAGCACGCUGUGGAAGAAUAUAAGGUGCCCAAGUUGAAACCAGAUGCAAUACCGUCGAUAUUUCCCGAGUUACCCGAUCAUAUAAUUAAGAUAUGCAAAAAACGCAGAAAAAUGCCUCUGCCUAUCAAACAAGAACAAGAAACGUUAAUACCAGAGCCGGAGGUGCAAAUAAAGGAAGAAUUAGUUGAAGAUGAGGUUGAAAGUGGAAUAAAAACCACAGAGAUUGAAAUCAAGACUGAAAUACAGGAAGAGGAGGAAUUCAUUGGUGUCAAAAUCUAUAAAUGUGUGGAGUGCGACUACAAAUCAACAUACAAACACAAUUUACAAACCCACAUGACAAAACACGAAAAAAAGUGCAAGUAUGUUUGUGAGAAGUGUCCCUUUUUUAAGACAAAAUGGAUAGAAACGUAUAAAAGUCAUCUACGAAUAAAACAUGAUGUGGGAGAACUGAAAGAGUAUACUUGCAGCUUGUGCACAUUUAAAACUAAAGUGCAAGUGUGUCUAAAAAGGCACAUGGAUAGGCACAAAAAACUUUUGGGGAUGGCAAGAUACAUUUGCCAAUUGUGCAAUUUUUCUACGGAUGUUCAUAAAGAUUAUUUGCAGCAUAAAAAAAUGCACAAAAACAAUGCUAAUUUCCUUUUAAAAGACUACCACGAUUUUGGUAUUUUAGAUGUAUUAUUGUCUGAAGAUUUAAAUGAGGAAUUUUCUGAAGCCAGUACCAGUAACAGUAUUAUAUCUUCCGAUAGUUACCACUGCAAAAAAUGUACUUUCACCUCUUGCACGGAAGAAAAUUUACAGACGCACCAAAAAUUAAAACAUUGCAAGAUGGGGGCACAGCAACUGUUAAAAUGUGCAGAGUGCAAUUUCGUAUCUAAAACGAUACUUUGUUUGAAAUUGCACAUGAAAAAACAUGAAGCAGACGAUUAGAAUAAAAUUAGAGAUACCAUUUUUGUUUAUUUAUUUUUUGACGUUUUGUUUAUGACAUUAUUGAGAAACGUCAAUA